AUGCGAACCUACGCACCUUACAUCACCUUCCCGGUGGCCUUUGUGGUCGGGGCGGUGGGCUACCACCUGGAGUGGUUUAUCCGAGGGUCCCCCAAAGCCCGGGAGGACGAGAAGAGCAUCUUGGAGCUGAGGGAGGAGAGGAAGCUGCAGGAGCAGCUGGGUAAGGACGGCACCCAGGUGCUCAGCCUGAAGGAGAAGCUGGAGUUCACGCCCAAGGCGGCCCUGAACAGGAACCGCCCAGAGGAGAGCUAA